AUGGCAGACGCCUCGAAGCAAGCGGGCAGCACUCAAACGCCCGUGACAAAUCCUGGUGCGCCAAAGCGCAAAGCACCCGAGGCCAACCCCAACACCAUCCACUUCACCUCGCGCAAUCCGCCAUGGACCUAUCUCAAACUUCAACUGAUCCCCCAACCAGAUGCGCCCGCCCUCCAACCUCUUGAUGAGCUCUCCGCCCGCACAUACCUCUCGUCCGCACUUUCACAAUUCCUGGGUCUCACGGGUACGGCCAUUCCCAUCGACAUCCUGAAAGUUGAGAACAGAGACCGCGCGGCCUCGAAUGGGAGCAACAAAUACGAUAGUGUGUGGAUUCGCGUCCCGCGCGAUGACGGGGCCGCUGUUGUCGCUGCCAUCAGUUCGUGGAUUGGAGGCAGUGGAAGCGGAUCGGGCGCCGCGUGGAGGAUCUGCGCAAAGGGGAACUUCCUAGGCGCUUUGGUGGCUGGGUCUGGUCAGGACUUGUUCGUGCCUUGA